CUCCCCCACUCUGCAGGCAAGCUUCACCACGCUUGGUGAACAGACUGCCGCCUCUUAUAUACAAGACUCACCAGACCAAUACAUUUCCACGUUCGGGACCUGCGGAGGUCUCUAUGGGCCGACAUGGCUCUGCAGCCUUCAACUCUCCCAUACUUUUAGUAGAUUCAUCCAGAGAUGUCGCGCUCCCUCGACCCCGCUGUGCUUGAGUCGCUGCGGGCCCAAGAUCCACGACCAGCGUAUAAGGAUAUAUCGUCACUCUUCGCUCAGGGCCUCGACACGACGUCACAGGGUCAAGCACAGCUGCUCGAGAUAGAGUUCCUGGGAACAAGCCAUCCUCUCGAGCAGGGGGUCAGCUAUCUCCGCGAUGGCCACGCAGUAGCCAUCCCCAAACUCCGCCUUGCCCAGGCGUUCAUGGUUGCACGCCAGAUUCUCCACGAAGAUCUCAUGUCCAGACAUGCGGGACUAACCAUCCUCGAGAAAGUCCUGCCUGCGACGGCGGUUCUUCUCCUCAUGGAUCCAGAGCAUAUCACGGCUGCAAAUACCAGGAAGCGUGCUCUGCGAUGCAAAUUGUCGUCCUUGGAGAAAGACGAUGCCAAGGCGAGGCUAGAUGCUGUAAAUCAUGAGAAGCACUUUGUCGACAGCUUGUUGACAUCCCGGCUACAUCGGCACACAAAGUCGCCCACGCUGUGGAACCAUCGCCGCUGGCUCCUGGAGCUCGGCAAGAGUGAGGGCAGAAGCCUCGAUCUUGAGGACGAACUGAAGAGGGUGAUCAUGGUCUCUGGGGAGAGGCAUCCCCGAAACUACUAUGCUUGGAACCACGCAAGGUGGCUGCUUACUGAACAUGUCACGACCAAGUCCCCCGCCGUAGGGGACGUCCGCGCGAAUAUGGUGCACCUCUGCCACAUCGUCAAGGACUGGUGCCUUAAGCAUCACGGAGACAUAUCAGGCUGGUCUUUUCUGGGCUUCAUACUCAACCAGAUACAUGAUGAGGACGAGCAAACCACCGCGCGUAACAUUGUUGCACGAGAUGUCCUCAAGAUCACCGAGUCGUUCCGGUGGUCGAACGAGUCUGUUUGGGUCUUCCUCCGCAGUCUCGCUGCAACACAAUGCUUGGAAAAAGAGGUAUCUACUUCUUUACAGGCACUUGGCGCAAAAUUGGGCUCAUUGUGAUGUGCUCACAAACAGAUCGCACUUCUCAGCAUGCGUGUUCCAGGGCGGGUCAGAUCGAUAUUUACAAAAUAAUCCUAAUCUCAGCACGAAAAUCUGCGAUCCCUGGCGGUGACUAUUAUGAACAGCUGGAACCGAGAAAACGAUUCGAAGUUGAUGGCGAUUUGGUCUGCGUUCCAGAAAAUAAAUCAAAUAGAAAAAUUGACUCUUGUAGUAAAAAGGCUACACCCUAACUAGACAUUGUCACGAUAUCUAC